AAAAAUAUAAAAAGAAGCUGCAGCACUGAACGUUUGGAGCAGCUAAAGAGAGUGUUAAUACUUCAAUACUGUUAAUACUUUACAAAUAUCGUAGACUUAAAACAAGAGAUUAACAUGGCUUUUGACAGUCGAUAUCUCCCAAUAGUUGAUAACAACCACAAUGCAAGUUACGUCCUGGACUGCCCGAGUAAGGAUAAUGUUCACUGUGACGAUGUAACCACCCAGGCAACGAUAGGUUCUCAUAGCACCGAUGUGAACUGGGAGAAUACUACCAAAGAAGUCCUUCUAUACGCCUACCCCGUUAUCUUUCUAACUGCCAUCAUACUGAACUUUGUUGGAAUCGUUGUACUGGGGAAACAGGUUCGCUUCUCCUCGGAUGUGUACUUGCUUGGCUUCUGUAUCGCCAGUUUGUUUCUUGCAAUCUGUGGAGUUAUGUUACAUCUUCCUACGUAUGUCGGAUACUACAACCUGUACGCUUACAUGUACGGCUACGUCAUGACGUUGAGGACUUGGUUCUGGUUCACGUUAUUAUGGCUUUUGAUAGUUAUGACUUUGGAACGUAGUUUGACCGUCACGCAAAAACGCCACAAGUCUCUAUGUAGCGUCACCAAAGCAAGUGUUGUAACAAUUAUGGUGUACAUCGUUUGCAUGGUGAGUGCGUUGCCCCAAUUUUGGGAGUAUGACGUCAUCGAGGUACACGACGUUAGAUCUAAUUCAACUAUCGCGCAUGCGCAACAUUCUGGCGCGAUUCACACUUGGAUGGAGUGUAAGAUAGUGUAUUUCUGGUACGUUACAACAAUCACAAUAUUCCUACCCUACCCUAUCUUAGCGAUCAUGACCAUCCUACUAAUAAGAGAGGCAGUAAAGGCAUCGAAAGAAGGCGCUACAAGGAUAUCAUUUGACAACGUCACCGGGCAAAUUCUGCACCAUAAAAACAGAGAAGAUAGUGGUAUAACGAAACUUUUUGCCAUCAUGGCCAUUUUAUACUUGGUGCUAACAGGGCCCAGUGUAUUCCUCGAGUUAAUUGCUACAAUCACGCGAAUCGUGAACGGGCGUUCCACGUUUUACAUAUUACUCAAAGAAGUGUUCGGAGUUUUGUUCUACAGUAACGUUAGUUUAAGUUUCUUCCUGUAUGUUGGUUGUAGUUCUAGGUUUAGGAGCAAUUUGAGGAACCUUUGCAGGUGUUGCAAACAUGACGAGAGCUCCUUGCACAGCCACGUUCUUUUGAAACAGUCUUCAGUCUAAACAUUUAGAACGCCUCCGAAAGCUAAAACAGUUUUUGACAUUUUAUCAAAGGCGAAGUCGACAAUCAACGCGUGCAUUGGCGUCUUGUAUAGAAUCGUGUCUACUUUGGACACACGUCAUUGACGUUCAAAUUCAAGCAUGUGAUUUUGGAUGUUUUAUAUUAAUACAAGGCAAAGUCUGCAUUGAAUAUAUUAUAUCAGUGUACUACUGAUUUGUGAAAAGUAAGCGGUAAUAUAACAUCGGUGCAUUGCAAACUCUAGUAUGUCUCUGUUUCCGUCUGUCAUUUGCAAUGUUUUCGUUGUAAUUUCGUCUGGUGCAAUUUGCGAAGUGACAAGUUGGCCUAUCCACAUUUUGCACUAUAUGCAAUGGACUAUGUUGAAGUAGUAGUAAUGGAAGUACGCUCGUAUGUACGUACCAGUGAUGGCAUCCCCGGGAUGGAAUUAAUUCGUUACAUUGAUGUUCGUCUUGUAAUUUGAAUCAUUAUCAUUGGACACGUUGACGUUGUAUGUUACACGUUUUACAUGAUUAUUGUAUAAGCUUUGUAAGCUUUAGCUUUUUCAUUAUUGGAUUCAUUGAUAUAUAAUAUUUACGUCUGCUUCUGGUUUUUACGUUUUGUCUUGUGUUUCUCGAUAGGGGACACCAUUUAAAGAGUCUUGGCCUAUUUAAAUUGAACACAUUGAAGCAGUGC